UCCAUGACGAGGAUCCCCCGGGCGGACGACAAAUGUUGUUAUUUGUCGAUUUGUUGUAUGAUAAUCAUCUCAUUCCCUUCCCCCUCCCCUGCACGAACAAACAACCACACGACAAAAAAUAGCUGCACUUUCCCCUUCUCUUUGGUUUUCACAAUAUCGAUAUGUUUAAUGAAUUAGAUGUGUGUCUUGGAUCGGCAAAACGUGAGUGAUGGUUUGCAGUGACUGCUCCCUAUAGAGUCACUUUCUCUGCAGAGAUGAGAAUUACCCAAGUCAUCCUACCAGCAGAUAUACCCAAAUCGCUCUCUCUACUUGGAAGAAAACACGAUGCAUGGAAUGCAAUUUUGCGCACUUGCUUCUGUCUACACCUCUCGGGAGACUGGCGGGGUUCACUCUCUAAUGAAAUAUGCGAUGAUGACAUAACAGACUCAGUAACGGUCCACACACAUGGGUGAUAUAGCAAAGUGCUUUGCAUGCAUGUAUGCAUAGAAGCAACGUUGUUGUUGGGUUUGGAUUUAGCUUUCCCGCGUGCGGAAGCGGGAAGCACUUCCGCGACUCCUUCGCUCUUCUCGCCAAAGUCCACACCCUGACAAUACGUACUGGGGUGGGUUGGGGAACGAGCAGAGCAGGGCUAUAUGAUAUUUCUCGGCAGCAAUGUGCAACUGUCUUGGUGGGUGGCAUCUUGUGCGUUUGCAGUGUGUUGAUCGAGUGCAUGAGUAACCAUUGGAGCAACUAUAUGCCUACAUAUUUUUGUAGGGAAAGGAAAUGUCUGGCUUAGCUUGCCCUCGCGCGGGCGGGCGCUCUUCGCCAAAAUUCUGGAGCUAGCUACUUACCCCGUUAGAAACAACAACACCACAUCGCCAUCGCCACCCCUCCAUCUGUCAAUCCCGCGUGUCGCGACCUUGCCCACCAACCCAGCUCAGCACCGUCUGCAUAAUCCCUCGCUGGUAUACAUCACCCUUGGCAGCUGAUGGCGUGGUACGACGAAGACAGCUGGGCGACGGCCGCCUUCGCGCCUAAACUCUCCACCAUCAUAGUCGUAGGCCUCAUCACCUUCCUCGUCCCCAUUUUCCUCCACUACCUUGCCUACCGCCGCGCCGCCGCCUCCGCAAAAGCCACCAAAGGAAUCCUCCUCAUCGGCCCCAGCGGCGCCGGUAAAACCGCGUUCCUGACAACAGCGGAGCGCAAAUCCAUUGCGCAAACGCACACCUCCACCGCGCCCCUCACCAUCCGCGCUACCCUCCCUUCCCCUCACGUUCCUGCCUCAGCAGCCUUCCGCGCCCCCGGCGACCCGUCAUUCGAACGCGCCAGAUCCUUCAAUCUCACGGAUACCCCUGGCCACGGUAAACUGCGGCGCUUCGCGACUUCGAAGCUAAACGAUACACUGGGGCUCUGCGGUAUCAUCUUCGUCGUCGACGCAGCGUACAUCUCCGAAGACCCAGGACUUGUCGAGACAUCCGAAUACCUCCACGACACUCUCCUCGCUUUACAAAAACGCGCAGCUUCUUCCUCGAAAUCGGGCAGAGAGGCAAAAGAGCUUCCUGUGUUGAUCGCGGCGAACAAGCUGGAUCUGUUUACGGCGUUACCGCCGCAUCUGGCCAAGUUGCAGCUUGAGAAGGCGAUCUCCAGGGUAAGGAGGAGCAGGGCGAAGGGGUUGAAGAAUUCGGGGGCUACGUUGAGUGAAGGGGAUGAUGGGGGUGCGGAUGAGGAGAGCGAGUGGCUUGGGGAGUGGGGAGAAGGAGAGUUUGAGUUCACGCAGUUGGAGGAGGUGGGUGUGACUGUGAGUGUUGCUGGUGGGAAUCUGGUGGGAGGGGAGAAGGUGGAUGUUGAUGCAUGGUGGGAGUGGGUUGCUGAGCGGUUAUAG